AUGUCUGAUUCUGGCAGACACAUCCUUGCGAAGGAGGUCGACCAACUGGUUAGGAAUUUCAAGCAUCUUAGCGCAUACAGGCGGCUUAGUUCAGCAAUGUUCGCCAGGUUCCUACAGGCGAAAAGGGACCUUGAUGGCAUGAUAGAGAAACUAGAUGUUCAGAUUGAUGAAGAUCAGGAGACUGCUACACGGCUGAGGCUUAGACUCCCCAGAUUGCAAGUGGCCAUGACCCGAGCAACGGCGAAUAAUGAUCUUAGAUCACGUCAUGAAAUGGAUAGAGAAAUUAUCGAAAUUUCAAUUCGGCUUAAUAAAAUUGUUGCUGAGAUAAGACGUAUGGUGGAAGACGAAAACAAAAUAUUCAAUUUAGUGAUUGAACUAUGA